UCGAUGUCCGAUGGGUAUCUGCAACGCCCCUGCGACUUUCCAGCGGGCCAUGAACAUGGCUUUUCAAAACUUUGUACGAAAAACUCAUUUGGCGCAGAGCAUCAUCAACUACUGCGUGAUUAUAUACAUGGAUGAUAUCUUGGUGUAUUCAAGUUCCUACGAGGGACACGUGCAGCACAUCGAAUGGGCACUGCAUGCGUUACGAGAUGCAGGUUUCAAGGUGGCGCUUGAGAAGUGUCAGUUUUUUCUCACCACCAUUUCUUUCCUGGAGCGCGUGGUGACAGACAAGGGACUCCAACCGGAGCAGGAGAAGAUGGCAGCUGUCAGGGACGCACCCGUACCUACCACCAUUACGCAAGUUCGCGCUUUUCUGGGCCUAGCCUUGUAUUACCGAAGAUUUAUCAAGGGCUUCGCUGUGAUUGCGGGACCCCUCACAAAUCUCCUGCGCAAGGAUCAGCCGUUGAUCUGGACGCCGAAGUGYGAUCAAGSGUUUUCSAAACUCAAGGCUGCUCUCAUUUCGGCUCYGGUCCUUWUAAGACCGGAUCCCGAAAAACYUUUUGUUCCCAUCACUGACUGGCAGCCAGAGGCGAUGUCGGCGAUUCUUGCCCARGUGGGACCGAGCGGACUCGAGAGUGUGGUGGAGUAUGCRUCCAAAUCAGUGCCCRCCUGCAAGCGCAAUUACGCCGCUCCARCGAGCRAAUGCUAUGCGGCUCUCUGGGGGAUCAGUCACUUUCGUGCUUACCUGUAYGAGYGAAAAUUCACCCUGGUGACUGGUCAUGAGCCCCUGUUGGGUCUGAAGAAGUCGAAGGAUUACUCGGGCAUGAUCGGGCSAUGGGCAACGGUGCUGCARAGCAUGGACUUUGACAUUCGUCAUCGGAAGCACGAGAGACACGGGAAUGCGGACGGRCUGACACGACUGCACCGGCCUGAGAAGGUUCCAAACGGUGAGGAGAUAAUUCCGUGGAACGAACCCGAAUGGGAGAUUGGACCUCGGUACGGCCAAGUGGAGAUCUUAUCGAAGAAGUCGGCGCACACGGUGCACAGCGACGACAUCCACACGGGACUCCCUCUGCCUUUUCUCCUCGUCGUCGCAGCGCAAAGCCACUACGAAGUCGCUCGUUUCUUCGCAGUCGUCGUYGGCUYGGUUUUCUUCGRCGGCGKCGUUUCUUCGUUGUGGAUCUUUUCGAUCUCCUUCUCGYCGCGGAACCUUCUCGCGGCGGAUCCGUAUCGCGCCUUGAGAGGUCCGGCGUCCAUCAGUCACCAAGAUCUUCUUCUCACCGCGGAGCGGUGUACGCUGGCUUCGUCUCCUUCACGUGCAGGACUUCAUCAGUGCCAUCGUCGAUCGUCGCUCUCGCCCUUCAUCGUUCUCCUUCUUGCCGUGGAUCCUUCUCGCCGCGGAUACGUAUCRCCCCUUCGGAGGUCCGUUGUCGCUUCGCGAAGAUCUUCAUCUCGCCGCAGAGAAGUGUCCGCACGGUUCAUCUCCUUCUUGCGUUCGCAUCGACGUGGACGUAGUGUGCAUGGCGAGGGCGAGGACGAAUUGCUCCCCAGGGCGGCAAAGGCGCUUGUUCGUCGUCGACGCGAACAAAGGCAUAGCCACAAACGACCAUUGACGGAGGCGGGAAGCAUGUCUACGCGAGGCGGCGCCCGUGGGAAGAAGCGGGAAAACAUCCCCGUGGACAGUCAGGGGCGGAAAAGGGGUCGGCGGCAUGUCCCAAAGGCGAAGAGGCUCUGUUCAGAAGAAGCAUCAGCUAGCCUGCCUCAUCGGCGAGGGCGAAGUUGGACKACAGCCAACGAGGAGGAAGAUGGCGACAUGUUCACGACGGAGGAGGAAGCAGCAGAGGAGAACGUGGCGGCRCCUCGGGGAAGCACUCUUCAAYGGUCGUAUGAUCAGAGYGGUGCGAGAAGAUUGGCGACGCCCCCUCYGGAGGCACAACAAGUGCGUGCGCACAACACCCAGAAGGCGAAGGAGGUAGUCGUCGAUGUCGGCGGCGAGGACGACGAGCCRUUGGGGAGCCGUAGACAGCGCAAUGUGACACAAGGUGCCACGGCGACGGCAGUCAGGAUACGCGUCACGACUGAAGAAAGGCCACCUCAGGGUGGCCUGCCCUUGACGCCGUCCCAGCCGCGCCCGCGCAACACGGCUGCAGAGGGGGGCUCCAUGGAACCUUGUGGCGAGACAAGUUGAUUGCGCUAGGUGCACACCUUUUUUUUGUUUAUAUUAUUUCAAUACAGAAUGAUAUUUCUUCGUUUUCGCAUUGUUUCAAUUCAAAUG